AUGGAAAACACAAGGUUUAAAGUUUAUUUAUCCAUGUUGGUUCUGUUCUUUUUUAUUCUUUUUACCUCCUCACUUGCCAUUACUGAUUCAUCAUCCGAUGAAACAGUGAAAGAGGUAGAAACUUAUAUUGUCCUCUUAAAGAAACCAGAAAGCUCAGUGUUCACUGAUUCAAAAGAUUUAGAUUCAUGGUAUGAGUCAUUUUUGCCAGUCAACACCUUUAGCUCAGAUCAACCACGCUUAGUCCACUCCUAUCGCCAUGUGACAACAGGGUUUGCUGCAAAACUUACAGCAGAAGAUGUCAAGGCAAUGGAAAAUAAGGACGGGUUCAUGUUUGCCCGUCCGAGAAGGAUGGUGCCUCUGCAUACAACCCAUACACCUAGCUUCUUGGGUCUGGAUUAUGGUUUAGGCUUAUGGAACCACUCGAAUUAUGGGAGUGGGGUUAUUGUUGGACUAAUUGACAGUGGAAUUACGGCUGAUCACCCUUCGUUCAGCGGUGAAGGAAUGCCUGCUCCGCCAGCAAAAUGGAAAGGGAAAUGUGACAAUUCAACACUUUGUAACAACAAGCUUAUCGGUGCAAGAAAUUUUGCUACCGACAGUAACAGCACUUCAGAUGACUAUAUGCAUGGGACUCACACAGCCAGCACAGCUGCAGGAAGCCCUGUCGUAAAUGCUAAUUUCUUCGGGCAAGCCAAUGGAACUGCAAUUGGAAUGGCACCAUUAGCCCACUUAGCAAUGUAUAAAGUUUCUGGCAGAGGAAAUGAAGCAGGGGAGAGUGAGAUAUUGGCUGCAAUGGAUGCUGCGAUUGAAGAUGGCGUCGACGUUCUUUCGCUCUCCCUCGGAAUUGGCUCGCAUCCUUUUUACGAUGAUGUGAUUGCAUUAGGUGCAUAUGCAGCAAUGCAGAAAGGGAUCUUCGUCAGUUGCUCAGCAGGAAACUCUGGACCUGAUAAUAGCUCUUUGUCAAAUGAGGCACCAUGGAUUUUAACCGUAGGAGCCAGCACUGUCGAUAGAGCUAUUAGAGCGACGGUGGUUCUCGGAAAUAGUGAAGAGCUAAAUGGCGAAUCACUUUUCCAGCCGAAAGAUUUUCCUUCCACAUUGCUUCCACUAGUUUACGGCGGAUUGUGCUUGCCAGGAUCAUUGAAAAACGUCGACGUCAAAGGCAAGAUAGUGUUAUGCGACGGAGCAGAAUUCGGAUCAAUUUCCAGAGGCCAGGAAGUGAAAGACAAUGGUGGCGCCGCCAUGAUUGUAACGAAUGAAGAUGGCUUUAUUACAGCACCAAGUCUGCAUGUUCUUCCCGCGUCAAAUGUCGAUGUUGUUUCAGGAUCAUUCAUAAAAACCUAUCUCAACACAUCAUCAUCACCAACAGCUACAAUUUUGUUUAAAGGAACUGUUGUUGGAUUACCAGAUGCUCCUCAAGUUGCUGAUUUUUCAUCACGAGGUCCCAGCAUUGCAAGUCCCGGAAUCCUAAAGCCUGACAUAAUCGGCCCCGGUGUCAGAAUUUUAGCUGCUUGGCCAAUUUCAGUUGAUAAUACCACCAAUAAGUUUGAUAUGAUCUCAGGAACCUCAAUGUCUUGUCCCCAUCUUAGUGGCAUUGCUGCUUUGCUAAAAAAUUCUCAUCCUGACUGGUCACCUGCUGCCAUAAAAUCCGCCAUCAUGACCACCGCACGUUUAUAUAAUCUCGGAAGCAAGCCUAUUUCCGACCAAGAAUUCGUUCAGGCUACUGUCUUUGAUCUGGGUUCUGGUCACGUAAACCCACAAAGAGCAAACAAUCCAGGGCUUAUUUACGAUAUCCAACCUGAAGAUUACAUUCCUUACUUAUGUGGACUCGAUUAUUCUGAUGCACAGGUGGGACUUAUCGUGCAAGGAACCGUAAAAUGCUCGAACGAAUCGGCCAUUCCUGAAGCUCAGCUCAAUUACCCCUCAUUUUCAAUCAAAUUAGGUUCUGCUUCAAAAUCUUAUACAAGAACAAUAACAAAUGUUGGCAAGCCUGCGUCAGCAUACACUCCUAUGAUAUACCCACCACCGGGCGUAGAUGUGAAGGUGACGCCUGAUAUGAUUUAUUUCACUGAGGUGAAUCAGAAAGGCACUUACACAGUAACGUUUAGCAAAAAUGCAAACGCUAGUGGAAUAUUUUCUCAGGGUUAUUUGACUUGGGUGGGUGCGGGCUAUACUGUUACAAGCCCAAUUGCUGUCAUCUUUGAAUAA